AUGCGCAGGGGGGAUGCGCGGGGGGAUGCGCGGGGGGAUGCGCGGGGCGGUGCGGGCGGCUCGCCGCGCCCCAUCCCGGGCCAGGGGCGGUGCACGCCGCCCGCCCGGCUCCUCCCCCCGCGGCGCGGCGGCUUUUGCUUUCGUUUUCUCGGCCGUGGCCCCAGACCCCAGCUGCGGAGGGACGGACGGAGCCGCGCGGCCGCCGGCAGAACGAUGGCAGACGACCAGGACCACGCUGUAGAGCCUGGAGCCGGCGACUCGGCAGCUACAGAUGUGGUGGACGCUAAACCCGACCGGACCUCGGUCUUGCAGGCACUCCUCAAUAGGAAGAAGAAAAAUGACCCAAAACAACCACCCGAGACCCCGCAGAACCAUGAAUAUCAGUACAACAUGAAAUUUGCUAAGAUGGGCAAGUGCAUCAUCAUAAACAACAAGAACUUUGAUAAAGUCACAGGUAUGGGCGUCCGCAACGGCACCGACAAAGAUGCCGAGGCCCUUUUCAGGUGCUUCCGAAACCUGGGUUUUGAGGUGUUCGUCUACAAUGACUGUUCCUGUGCCAAGAUGCAAGAUCUGCUUAAGCGAGCUUCUGAGGAGGACCAUACCAAUUCUGCCUGCUUCGCCUGCAUUUUAUUGAGCCACGGGGAAGAAAAUUUGAUUUAUGGAAAAGAUGGUGUAGUUCCGAUAAAGGAUUUGACAGCCCACUUUAGGGGAGAUCGCUGCAAAACCCUUUUGGAGAAACCCAAACUCUUCUUUAUCCAGGCUUGCCGAGGCACGGAGCUGGAUGACGGAAUCCAGACCGACUCAGGGCCCGUCACUGACACGGAUGCCAACCCCCGCCAUAAGAUCCCAGUUGAAGCUGACUUUCUCUUCGCUUAUUCCACAGUUCCAGGUUACUACUCGUGGAGGAACCCUGGCAGGGGCUCGUGGUUCGUGCAGGCGCUCUGCUCCAUCCUGGACGAGCAUGGCAAGGAGCUGGAGAUCAUGCAGAUCCUUACCCGGGUGAAUGACAGGGUAGCCAGGCACUUCGAGUCUCAGUCGGACGACCCAAACUUCCAUGAGAAGAAGCAGAUCCCCUGCAUGGUGUCCAUGCUCACCAAGGAACUCUACUUCCGUCGUUGACUAUUCUGGGCUGCGUCCUGGCCUGGCAUGCCACCUCAUUCACCAACAGAUCCCGUUUCUUUGAUUUUUUUUUUUUUGCACUCCUUAAGAUAUCCAUAAAUUCUUUGGGAUUUUAAUUUCGGGUAAAUGUACUGAUCCAACAGGGAAACACUUUCUGGUGCUGUCACGUUCUCUGAGAUUUCAGAGACUUUUUAUGAUGAUUUUUUCAGAUUCACUUGCGGCUCGGCUCAUAUUUCCUUCACCUUGUUGCACUUACUAUGAAUAGAGGGGGAAAAAAAAAAAGAGCUCUUGGCUAUGCAGACCUCGCCUGGGGGUGACACUCUGAGAAUCUGACUUACCCGCACUUGACAAAGAGGAUUCCAGUGCUGAUGGGAUAGUCGUUGGCCUGUUUUGCAGGAAGUGGGUAUGGAGUGUGGUGUGAGUGAAUUUUCAUUGGAUAGGGCAGAAUGUCAUAUGCAAAUCCCCAGAUAAGUUAGGGGAGGUGGGGAGGGACUUCAUGACUGAUACCUGUCAGUCGGGAUCCACUUCAGAAAACUGCCCCUUGAACCUCAUGUCUCCGUAGAGGGGGCUUGACACUGGAAGUGGACUUGAGUGGGUGAUUCAGUGGAGACCACAUGGCAGGAAACUGGUGGCACACCCAGGGCUCUGGAGAGAAUGGGAAGAGCGUGUCCGAAGUUGGGAUCACCCACUGGACCUGAGAUGGCAGUGUACCUGAUGAAAGGUGGAACUCCUGAGGGAUUGGGGAAAACGGAGCGCCAAUGAGAACAGAGCCAGCCACUGCUUGAGAACAAGGGGGUGGGCA